AUGCAGGCGAUGAGCGCGAACGCGAGCGCGCCGCGAGCACCGCAGCGUUCGCCAUUCGCCAUCCAAGAGCUGCUGGGGCUGUCGGAUGGACGAGAUGGCCGCGACAGCCGAGAGCGGUACGAUGGUGACGGACAUUCUGCCCGCGAUGGGCGCGGCCAUUUCGCUCCCCAGUUCCCAUUACCGGCAUCUGUGGCCAGCCGAGUGGCUUAUGCGGCCGCUUUCAACGCACAAGCUGCUGUUGCAGCCGCCUUCCUACCAGGACCACCGCUACUGCAUGCGCCGCCCGGUUUUCCGCAGAUCAAGAGCCCCUACAGUCCGACGGCGCAACCGCACUUGACAGCGGUUCAACAGUUUUACUCAGGUGUGUCUUCACUAGAAGCGGCCAAGGACUUCACAGUGGAUGGGCUCACGGGCUACAACGGGAAAAAGAAGAAGAAAAAACGCAGACAUAGGACGAUCUUCACCUCGUACCAGCUGGACGAGCUGGAGAAGGCGUUCAAGGACGCGCACUACCCGGACGUGUAUGCGCGAGAGAUGCUCUCCCUCAAGACCGACCUGCCUGAAGAUAGAAUACAGGUGUGGUUCCAGAAUCGACGUGCGAAGUGGCGUAAGACGGAGAAGUGCUGGGGCCGGUCCACCAUCAUGGCGGAGUAUGGCCUGUAUGGUGCCAUGGUGCGCCACUCACUACCGCUCCCGGAGACGAUUCUCAAAAGCGCCAAGGAGAAUGAUUCAGUCGCGCCCUGGCUACUCGGCAUGCACCGCAAGUCGUUGGAGGCGGCGCAACACCUGAAGGAGUCGGGGUCGGAGCGCGAGGGCUCCGAGGCGGAGGCGGAGCGCCCGCACUCCACCUCGCCGCACCGACACGAGCCUCACGACAACCAGGCGCAAAGUUCGCCAGGCAGCAGUACCACGGCGUCCUCGUCAGCGAAGGGCCGCGCUUCUCCUGAACCUGGACGGGAGCUAUACGAAGAUCCCGAGGCUUUCCGCAACAACAGCAUCGCGUGCUUACGAGCCAAGGCGCAGGAACACCAGGCCAGGCUACUCUCCAACAAUCUAUUACUGCAGGUGCGCGGACUGCAUCGAGCGAGCGGGAUGGGUGCAGGGAUGAUGGGGGGAGCGGGUGCGGGUGCGGGGGCGGGUGCGGGGGCGGGGGCGGGUGCCGGCAGCGAGGAGGAGAGUCCGCUGGACAUCGACGUGGGCACGGAGGCGCCGCCGCCCGCGCGCCUCUACUGA